GAGAAAUAAGGGGCUGUCCUGAUGGUUGACGACCAGCUAUAUAAGACCUGUCGUCCAUCAGUCCUCAUCAUCACCGACCAUCACUUCUCCAACCAUCUUCCCCAUAUCAUAUACUCAUCCCAAGUCACAAUGCGCGCCCUCUCCCUCCUCGCCGCCCUCUCGGCCGCCGGCGCCACCGUCACCGCUUCCCCCGUUGGCCCUGCUCAUGCCCCACGGGCCCUCUCCGACUCCAACCCCUUUGUCGGCAAGAAGCUCUUCGCCAACCCCAAAUGGGCCUCUAAGCUCGAAGACACAUACAAGGCCUUUACUUCCAGGGGCGACUCGGAAAACGCAGCCGUAGUCCGCAAGGUCCAAAAGAUCGGUUCCUUCGUCUGGGUGUCCUCGCGCUCGGGGCUCUCCGAGAUCGACGAAGCCAUCCAAGCCGCUCGUGCGGAGCAGAGCCGGACGGGACAGAAGCAGAUUGUCGGGUUGGUGAUGUACAACAUACCUGAUCGUGACUGCUCUGCGGGCGAGUCGGCGGGCGAGCUGAGCACCAAGAACGAUGGACUGAGAAUCUACAAGGAGCAGUUUGUCAAGCCGUAUGCGGCCAAGCUGGCGGCGGCCAAGGACUUGCAGUUUGCUGUGGUGGUGGAGCCGGACUCGUUGGGCAAUUCGGUCACCAACUCUGCCGUCGAGUUUUGCAAGCAGGCCAUUCCUACCUAUCGGGAAGGUAUCGCUUUUGCCAUCAAGAGCUUGCAGUUGGAUAACGUGGCGGUGUAUUUGGAUGCUGCGAAUGGUGGAUGGUUGGGCUGGGGCGAUAGUUUGCCCAAGGCCGCCGACGAAAUCGCCACCAUCCUCUCCAUGGCCUCCCCCGCCAAAGUCCGCGGUUUCUCCACCAACGUCUCCAACUACAACCCCUACCUCGCCACCAAGCGCGACUCCUUCACCUCGGGCUCCCCGUCCUACGACGAAUCGCACUACGCCUCCUCCCUCGCGCCCUACCUUCAACAACACGGGCUCCCUGCGCACUUCAUCAUCGACCAGGGCCGUGUGGCUUAUCCGGGCGCCAGGAAGGACUGGGGUGACUGGUGCAACGUCAACCCGGCUGGGUUUGGCCAUAUCCCCACGACGGACCAGAGCGUGCUGCAGAACUCGAAUGUCGAUGCGAUUGUGUGGAUCAAGCCCGGUGGUGAGAGUGAUGGACAGUGUGGAUUGAAGGGGGCGCCGAUUGCGGGAGCGUGGUUUGGUGGGUAUGCGGAGAUGUUGACGGGGAAUGCGGAUGCGAGUGUCAAGAACAGUUAAAGGGGAUGAGAUGAUGAGAUGAUGAGGGACGGAUGAUGUCGAUUAUGGGCUGGAGGUGGUGAUCUGAUCUUUUGUACAUAUGCCAGGGGGCUUUUCUCUUCGUUUGAUCAUACUUACCUACUUGAAUUAUAUACUUACACAAAGCAUAACUUGUGUGUUCUCUCCGGUCAGCUUGAGCAUAUCCGCGUGCAUUGUGAUAGAACUUUGAGGCGGAAACUGAAACGAAGGGAAGCCGGAAGGGGAACGGGAAAAUGGGAAAAAGGAGAGAAGCUCGCACGGACCACAUCUCAUCCUGAUGUUCGAGGGAAGGAACAAUCAACUGCACCUGCCAAACCCAACAUCAACACCAGAACUUCAGAAAGCACACAAGGAAGGAAGGAAGUAAAAGAUGCCAAAAAAAAUAUAGUCGACGUGGGCCUGAUUCGAACAGACGCUCCCUAGGGAACCAGAUUUCAAGUCUGGCGCGUUAGACCACUCCGCCACCACGUCUUUUCCGUUGAAGUCGUGUCUAGGUGGUACGGUUAUAGGUGACCAAGGGAUAGAUGACCACGUGUCUCACGCUAGUAGUCAGUACAGUACAUGUGGAUGUAGGUAUCUCGUAUCUUCUGUGCGACCUAGCGUUGUUCCGUAAGC